GGGAACGAACCACAGUCUAAGCUUAUGUGCAAAUGCUUAAUCAGUAAAUUUAUAAUACAUCCACUUACCUUGUAAAAACAGCUUGAAGCAUGAUGUCGUCUAGCAUUGCGGAUUUCUUCAAGGAUGUUGAGGAAAGCAACCAAUCCUUCUCCAGCACUCCGAGCAGUAUCCUGCUGCCCUUCGAUUUGGCCUCAAACCUGGAUGAAAGCUCCUCCGACCAGCUGCAGUUAGAAUCACUCGCCUGGGAUGAGAACAUUGUCGAGCUGUUCAACGAAUUUGCCGACAAUAACGACACAAAAGAGGAGCACCAAAACGACCAGCAAACUGUUGCAGUAAACGCCACUUCCACUACCGUUCACAACGAUUGUUCACAGGAAAGAUCACUAAAACCAGCAAACGCAUUCCUAUUUGAGGACGAUUUACUUGAAACAGCCACACAAAAGCAGAAAAAUGAACACGCGCCGUACGAAACUCAUUGUUUUGUGCCUUCAAGUUCGGAAAAUAUCAACCACAGUCCAUCACAGCCUGCUGCUGCUGCGUCACAGCACAGCCCACACGGCAUAGCAACGGGCCACCACACGCACACCGAGCAGCGCGUACUCGAUAAUGACUGGAACACGCACACACAGUACAGUGCGGACCGGUUGGUGGACGGUUGGGAAGAUUCCGGGUUUGACGAAAGCACGAAAUCAGCGCAGGCAGAGGGACCGCUGUCAGCGCCGCUACUACCGGAGGAAGAGAAGGGAAGCCAACUGUCCGAACGGCAUCGCGAGAUACAGACGAAAAUAGUCGACCUGCUGCAGCAAAUCGAACGCUGCGUUACCGAAGGCAUCCCGCUGACAAUCCGGCGUAGUAAGGCACGCUGGGAAACGUGCAAGAUCGAGAACGGAAUUCUCCAAACGAUCGAACCCUCGCAGGACGGACGAACGAUCCGACCGUGGAACACACGGCGCCUACAGCUGAUGGUGCAGCUGUUGGCCACCAUCUACCAGCUGCUUACUACCGGCUCGAGCUGCACGAAGCGGGAGCUUUACUAUCUGCACCUGGAGCUAGCGCAAACACCGGCCUAUACGUACGCUACGCUCGAGGACGUCUGCGCGCUGCUCGAUGCCGACCCGUGGGAGCUGCACGUGUACAACACCUCGAAAGGGUUGAUCGCGGGCCCGAUAGUACUCACGCUGACCGAUGGACAGCGGAUCGAUUGCAAUGGUCGAUGGGGCACGGCAGUGCCGCUGGAUGUCGGGAGCGUGACGGAGAUCCAACUAGCGGCCAAGCUGGUGCUGGUCGUUGAGAAGGACACCGUCUUCAAGCGACUCCUGGAGGAUGGCAUUUUGAGCACAUUUCCCGACACACUCGUGCUAAUAACGGCCAAAGGAUAUCCGGAUGUUUCAACGCGACUGCUGCUGAAAAAGAUUUCCGACUGGACGCACGUGCCCAUCUACGGACUGAUGGAUGCCGAUCCGCAUGGAAUUGAAAUCUUUUGCGUCUACAAAUUUGGCUCACUGGCAAUGGUGCACCAGCAACGAUCGUUGGCCGUGCCGACCAUGCGCUGGAUAGGACUGUUCCCGUCCGACAUUGAGCUGCUCGGGCUGCAGGGUGUUCCGCUGCGGGAAGGUGAGCUGAAGCGCAUCGAGCAGAUGACCAAGCGCCCGUACACCGAGGGACACAUACAGCGGGAGCUGCUGCUGCUCCGUCAGCUCGCGACCAAGGUGGAGAUUGAGAGUCUGUACAACAUUGCGUCCGAUUUUAUGACCACCGUCUAUCUGAAGGGUAAGCUGAAGGAAUGCAUUAGUUUGAGGCAACAUGUGGAGAAGGAACAUUCUGUGCUGCGUUGAGGACACUAUCUGUUAUCAAGCGCAGGGUAUU